CUUCACGCGCAUGCAUCACCAUCACCAUCACCAUCACCAUACAUUGCAGCUAGCACGCGAACCUUGCUGCUCACCCUGUGCUCUGAUCUCCCUCCUUCCAUAUAACCCUGCUACUGGCUAGCCUACCGCUGGUGGACAACAAGGACAGUCACACACUCACACUCUGCUGCUGCUUGGUUGCCCUAGCUUCACCAUGGACAUGGACAGAGUUUGCAAGAGACGAGCGGGCUUGCCUCCUCCUGCUCUCCUUCUCGCCCUUCAUGGCAUGGAUGAGCAGAUGCCUGCGUCAUCGACGGUGCCUCCGCCGCAGACACCCAUGGAGCCCAUGGAGUACCUGUCCAGGUCCUGGAGCGUGUCCGCCAACGAGAUAUCCAAGGCCCUGCUGCUCAAAGGGGGCACCAAGCGGAGCUUCUUCUUCGCCCCCGUCGACAGCCCUCCUCCGCCACGCACAGAGAUGGAGGUCGACACCUCCUACGAGCUCGUCACUGUCCCUGCCCCCGCCGCUUCCGUUGAGCAUAUCCAGCACCGACAACAUCUGGAUGCAACAGGGAGAAGCUCCAUCAGCUGCCACCGCCACUCCAACUCGGUAACCAGAUGGUACUUCCAGCACAAGGAGACCACCAAGAAUGGCAGAAAGGAGAAGGCGCGCGCCGACCUGGCCCAGGCGCACGCCAUGGUCUCCGUGGCCAAGGUGUCCGCCGCGGUUGCCGCCAUCACUGCGGCCACCAGCCGGGACAACCAGGACUCCAAAAUAGCUGCAGCCAUGGCGUCCGCCACCAAGCUGCUGGCUUCGCACUGCGCUGAGGCAGCCCAGCUUGCAGGGGCUGGUCAUGAAACGGUGUCCUCGGCUGUCCGGUCUGCGGUCAGUGUCACGGGUCCGGGUGAUCUGAUGACACUCACAGCCGCCGCGGCGACCGCUUUGAGAGGAGCUGCGGCGCUGAAGAAGAGGGUCCAGCCAGAGACGAGAAGCAAUGCCAGCGUCAUUCCUUAUGAGAAGGCUCCUUUGUCCUGGAGUCCUGAUAUCUGGUGCAAGGAAGGCAAGCUGCUAAAACGCACAAGAAAAGGGGAUUUGCACAAGAGACGGGUAUCAAUCUACAUCAACAAGAGGUCACAGGUCAUAUUGAAGCUGAAGAGCAAACACAUGGGAGGUGUGCUGUCAAAAAACAAUAAAAGUGUAGUUUAUGGGGUAUAUAGUGAGCUCCCAGAGUGGACUGAGCCAGGGAAAUCUUUACCAGAGACAUGCUGCUUUGGCUUGAGUACAGUACAAGGCUUGAUUGAGUUUAAAUGUGAGAGUAGAACCAGUAAACAGAGCUGGGUUCAUGGUGUGCAGAAUCUGCUCCAGCAGGUUGAUGUAGCCGAUCAAGUAGGGCACAGGCUAGAAACGCUAAAACUCAACUGGUGCAGUUAGGGUUAGUACAUGAAUCCAAUUUUUGCAGGACAAAGGGUGCAUUAGGGCGCGUGCUUUGCACCAUCAGUGUACGCAAUAAACGUCAAAUUAUGUUCUUGGCAUGUGGUAUGUAAUAUUGCUUGAUUAUUCUCGUAACCUCAACCCAGGUUAAGAUACACCUAAUGGCUCAACGUGAAUAUAUUAAUAAAAGAAUAAUGUACUGCUAAUUUUGGAAAAGAAUACACAUCAUAAUAACCAUUAAAA